ACCAGCUUCAUUCUCCUCACUCAUCGUAUCCCUUCACUUCCGUCACGUCCCUUCAGGUCUUAGGCGGAGGUCAGUGGAUAAUCCACAGCUUACUCCGAGAGAACUGAAAUGGCGCCAAAGGGGAAAUCUCCCAAACCUCAACCCCCUCCUUUCCAACCCCUCACAGCAGAUGUUCUCCCAAGCUCGACCGAGUCUGACCGACCACCUACCCCUUCGACGCAGUAUGGAUCAGGUCCAACGGGUAAACUGACUCACCUGGCAUAUCCUCUCCCCGUGGGUCUGUCUCAUGAGGUGGUGGACAACACGGCUAGCUUGCUGCGCUUUGUGAUUUUAGCUCUCAUAUGCGGGGCUGCUGUGGGAAGUCGGUUAUUCGCAGUGAUACGAUUCGAAAGUGUCAUUCAUGAAUUCGAUCCUUGGUUCAACUUUCGGGCUUCAAAAGUGCUCGUUAACGAUGGUUUCUACGAAUUUUGGAAUUGGUUCGACCCUACCGCUUGGUAUCCUCUCGGGAGGCCUGUAGGGUCCACACUAUACCCAGGUCUCAUGGUCACCUCUGGUAUCAUCUGGAACUUCUUACGACUAAUCAACAUGCCCGUAGACAUCCGGAAUGUCUGCGUUCUGUUAGCUCCCGGGUUCUCAGGUUUGACGGCCUGGGCGACUUAUUUAUUCACGACUGAAAUGGCUACCCCUUCGGCCGGACUAUUGGCAGCUGCGUUCAUGGGCAUCGUUCCUGGAUAUAUCUCUCGAUCCGUAGCCGGUUCAUACGAUAACGAGGCCAUUGCCAUUUUCCUCCUGAUGUUUACCUUUUAUCUAUGGAUCAAAGCUCUGAAGACUGGUAGUGCUUUUGUGGGAAUGUUGGCUGCUUUGUUCUAUGGAUGGAUGGUUGCCGCUUGGGGUGGUUAUGUUUUCAUUACCAAUAUGCUUCCGCUCCACGCAUUCGUCCUAGUCCUCAUGGGCCGAUAUACCAGUCGUCUCUACGUUUCAUACUCUGUAUGGUAUGUCAUCGGAACCCUCAUCUCGAUGGAAGUGCCUUUCGUUGGGUUCUUACCUGUCCGGACGUCUGAGCACAUGGCCCCGCUGGGCGUCUUUGGUCUCCUGCAACUGGUCGCGUUCGCAGAGGUCGUUCGGAAGCUCGUACCCAGCAAGCAAUUCCAGCUUCUCUUGCGAGCAUCUGUAGUCGCAGCUUUCGCAGUCAGCUUUGCGGUCUUGGUGGCUCUCACUUUCUCCGGUUGGAUCGCCCCUUGGACAGGUCGAUUUUAUUCACUGUGGGAUACGGGAUAUGCCAAGAUACACAUGCCCAUCAUCGCUUCCGUGUCAGAACAUCAACCGACCGCUUGGCCAUCAUUCUUCUUCGACCUGGGUAUGCUCAUCUACUUCUUUCCCGCCGGCAUCUUCUGGUGUUUCCGCGAACUUCGAGAUGAACAUGUCUUCAUCAUCAUUUACUCGGUCUUGUCUUCCUAUUUUGCAGGGGUCAUGGUCCGUCUUAUGCUCGUAAUCACCCCUGUUGUUUGCGUGGCUGCGGCUAUCGCGUUUUCCAAACUCCUCGAUGCUUACAUCGAUCCCGCCAUUCCCGACUCCGAGACCCCCAUCGUUCCACAGAGCACCCCGUCUAAAAAAUCGACCAAAAAAGCUGCCGCGGUAGCUGCGAAGCCUACUCCUCCUCUCUUCACUGGUCUUCUGGGCAAGGCUACGUCGUUCGGUAUCUUUGGGCUCGAUACUCGUUUCGCCGUCAUUGUCACACUCACUUCGUUCCUCUUCCUCUUCGUCCUUCACUCCACGUACGUGACACAAUCCGCGUACUCUUCUCCUUCUGUAGUGCUCUCGUCGAGGAACUCGGACGGUUCACAAAACAUAAUUGAUGAUUUCCGAGAGGCCUAUUACUGGAUACGUCAAAACACGCCCAAAGACGCGGUGAUCAUGUCAUGGUGGGAUUACGGUUAUCAGAUCGCUGGUAUGGCAGACCGACCAACGUUGGUGGAUAACAACACGUGGAACAAUACACAUAUUGCCACGGUUGGUAAAGCCAUGAGCAGUAGCGAAGAGGUAGCAUAUCCGAUAUUGCGGAAACACGAUGUGGAUUAUGUGUUGGUGAUCUUUGGUGGAUUGUUGGGGUAUUCGGGAGACGACAUCAACAAGUUCUUAUGGAUGGUGAGGAUCGCUCAGGGAGAGUGGCCGGAUGAGGUGCAGGAGGUGAAUUACUUUACUCAGAGAGGGGAAUAUGCAGUGGAUGAUAGGGCUACCCCCACGAUGAGAAAUUCACUCAUGUACAAAAUGUCAUAUUAUCGAUUCCACGAGCUGUUCGGUGGACAACCGGCCACCGACCGGGUGCGUGGUCAACGCAUGCCGGCUGUGGGUCCCACGUUGGAUACGCUUGACGAAGCUUUCACAUCUGAAAACUGGAUUGUGAGGAUUUACAAAGUGAAGAAAGAAGAUGCGUUGGGUCGAGAGUUGAAAGCUGUCUCAGCGUUUAAUGGAGGGAAACGAUUGACACGAAGCGCAUCAGCUGGAAGUAGUAGCAUAGGACAAGAGAAACGACCCAGUAUGUAGAUCUAACGAAUGUCGCAUGGAAACGAGGCGAGUAGAAGUAGAAGACUCGUCAUGUGCCGGUGAAUGAACUGAGCUGCAAGCG